CCAUUAUUGAAAACAUCAUCAAAUCGAAACACUCUAAAGAUAAUAUAUACACAAACGGCUGUCUCUGCAUGGCAUGAGUCAAGCAAUGGAAGAAUCGAUCCUGCAGACAAACAACGAUGGAGUGUCCCUGUUACGCGCUGGGAAUAAYAAGGGUGCUAUGGUUCGACUCACUCGUUCUCUUGCAAUCAUGAAGAAAUGUCCUUUGGAAGGAGAGAGGCAAGUUCGUUACCGAUUCCUUCAAUCCUCCCAGCACACGCAGACGAAUACCGAUCCAGAAACAUCGAGGCGGAUUCCAAGAUACAUCUUCGGUUCACCGAUAGAGGUAAUUGCGUGCGCACAACAGGAGGGCACAUCGCGCUCAACGUCUUUCUCAGAAACAUCGUUUUUGACUGAUACCGAAGGACGGACUUGCAAACUUUUGUCCAUUGUAUUAUUCAACCUAAGCCUAGCGCAUCACUUAUGGGCGCAGGAAGUCAGUGAAAAAAUCUACCACAACGUUAGGGAUGAACUGAGCCGAAGUCACGAAGUAUGUUCUGCCCUCACAAAAACUCUCCGACUUUACGAACUCUGCCACUCAACGUUGAUCUUUUCAAGUUCCGGCUUGCUUUGUUCCGACUUACCAAUAGCAGUCGUGGUGAAAAGUAAUGUGGGCGAAGUCCACAAGGAACUCGAUUAUCAACUAGGACAAAACGAACAAGGCCUCYAUCUACUCAAUCCUCAUCAAUACGAUAGGAAUAAGUCUGCAAUCGCUUGCAGCGAGCAACUUGUUCAGAUCUUUAUGUUUUUUACAGCCAACGGCGAAGCCGAAAGAUUGGAAGACUUUAGUGAUAUCUUUUCAAAUGCCAUGGCCACAUUGAAUGGUCGUGUAGUUUUCGCCCCAGCUGCUUGAAACCGCUAAAAAUUUCUACUGCCUCGGAACUUUCCCAAACCAAGGCACUAGAUGAAAUGACCUUAUUGUAAAAUAGCAUGUAAAAAAAAAUUGAGGCUAUUCGUUUCAGCUACUUUCCAUUUUCUACAAGCAGUGCUACUAAUGAGGACUGUUUUCGACUUACACAAAUCUGUUGCUGUGAACAUAGUUAUCUAUUCAGCUUGUGA